UACAUGGUUCGAGGGAGGGAAAAUGUGACUUAAACGACUCAUAAAUUUCCAACAUAAUUUAAAUUUGAACUCGGGAGAUUCAAAAUGUCCUCUUAGGCGAUGCUGUGGCCUUGGCCGCACGUAUUUCUUGCUUUUUUUGAAUCUUAACGACGAAUUCAGAUAUUGAAAUAUAUAAAGUACUGCGAUAUUGAUAUCAGCGAACAAGCGCCAUAGCCCAGUUUCCAUCAUGCCUCCAGCAAGUAGUCCAUGGGGAAGGAAAGCACAGCAGAAAAAGUCCCUGAAUACAUUUCCUGCAUUGAAACACAAUGAUGCUGGAAAUGACUCACCAAUAUCUCCAUAUCAAGAGAUCCAAGACGAUGAGCUUAUUGCUCUCGCCUCAAUAUACGGUGAAGACUUUCGUCGUAUUGAAACGCAUCAAUCAGCAUGGAAGGUACGUCAAUACUCUUUUGGGGGCUUACAUGGAUAAAUCUAAUUUUACACAGAAAUCGGAACCAUCAUUUGAAAUAUCCAUAAAAACUGAUGAUGAGGAUUUCUCGGUGACGUUAGGAGUCACCCUAACCCUCACUUACCCGAGGUCGGCGCCAUUGUUGACAUUGAAGAAUACUGAUGGCCUUCAAGAUUCUACAAAAUUUAAACUCCAGAAGAUUAUUGAGACCUUACCUAAAAAACUGAUCAAGGAAGAGCAAGCUAUGAUCAUGGAAAUUGUAACUGCUUGUCAGGAAGUGUUAGAGCAGGCUGCCGAAGCAAAAGCUGCAGGACGAGUACUACCCACUCUACAAGAAGAGCGAGCAGCUCAUGAAGCGGCUGCUGCACAGAUGAUGGAAGAUCAGCGUCUAGAGGAAGAGAAGAAGAAAAUGUCAGUACAUCUCUGUUUCCCUUUUACUUUUUCGGGUUGGUUUGCCGCUCUCGGCCCAACAGAUUCCUCAAUCUCUUGUGGAAAACUCUAAAUGUAGAAUAGAAUUGAGUCCCAGGAAGAGGAAAGAAUGCUUGGUUCAUUGGUGCAGGAUGAGUUGAAGAGACAGCGAGCCAAGGCGAAAGAGACAAAGCGGAAGAACCAGCCUCCUCCCUCAAUUACUGUAUCUAAUUCAGUGAUUGGAAAAUCGCCACAAGAUCACGAAGUAUUAGAUCGUCAAGUCUCGAUCCUGGAUGCUGAUGGUAACCCUGUGUACUUUCAGGCGGUGACUGGUAAAUCACUCAUCCGUCAAGGUCCUGUUUCUCGUUGCUACACCGUGAGACCAGCAGUCAGCUCCCAGGCCCCGUUAUUGGUUUUGAAGCAGGCGGUGCUUGAUACGAAUUUGAAUGAUCGUGGCAUCAAGGGAGGACUGCAAGCGAUGGAGAAUGAAUUAGAAAAGCUCAGAAUCAUUAGACACGACAACAUCCUUAAUCUCCUGGAUUUCAAGGUGGAAAAGGAAGAGUGAGUGUUUAUUACUUUUCAAGUCAAGUCGCUUUAGCCUUGUAUAGUGGAAGUUAAUUUUGUCGGUGCCGCAGAAACGAGUCUUCCUGGAACGUCAGUACAUUGAGCGAGUAUGCCGAGAAAGGUUCGUUGGAGGAAUUCUUAGAUAUCGUCGAGAACAUGAAUGUCAACAAAGUUCGUUCAUGGACGAUAGAGUUAUUAGACGCUUUAAGGUUUCUCCACGAAGAAAACGGCAUAAUCCACGAGGUAAGCAAAUGAGCCCGUCUUUCCGCGCCCUUCACCAGAAUGCUGACACUCACCGUUCUAGGAUAUACAUAGUGGGAACGUACUCCUUUUCCGGGAAUCGGAUGGAGUUGUCAGGCCAAAACUUUCUGAUGCUGGGUAUCAGCGAAAGCUACAUAUCUUGAGUGGUAAAACCGCGAAAGGGAAGACAGAUAGCUCUGCCAUGGCAAAAUCUGCGUACUGGUUUCCUCCGGAAAUAGCAAAUUCGGAUGAUGGCCCACGAACUGCAAAAACAGAUAUCUGGGAGUUUGGCAUCGUGUUCCUUCAAAUGGCUUUUGGCUUAAAUGUCACUAGGAAAUAUACGUCACCUAAGGCUAUGCUAGACUCAUUGGAUUUGUCAGACGCUCUUCACGAUUUUAUGCUCAAGCUGUUCAAUCCUGACCCGAAAAGCGGCCACGAGCUUUUGCACUCAGUGAGUACUCUUGUACAAUUUAGACUUUUUGUCAGAGUCCUGGUCGUCCGUAUAAUGACAAAAUUGGAUAGGCUCAUGCAAAUUUCUUGUUACUGAUGCUCCGAUAAUGGACGAAGAUUCGUCUGCUCUAAUGUUAAGACUUGGUUCCACCUCAUCUUUAGCACCCCUUACUCCACGUAGACCUAGGCAUGAUUCUAUGAGUCUUAGUGGACCUUUCUCAAGAUAUGCUCAUGAUUUUGUGGAGGAAGGUCGCUUAGGGAAAGGGGGGUUUGGAGAGGUGGUAAAAGCAAGGCAAAAACUAGAUGGGCAGAUAUAUGCCAUUAAAAAGAUUACUCAAAAGUCUUCUGCUCAGCUAGAUGAUGUCUUAAAAGAGGCUCGCCUACUUUCCCAACUCAACCACCCUUCUGUUGUCCGUAAGUACUCUUUUUCGUAUAUUUUAUACCAGACGAGCCAAACUUGGAGACCUAUUCCUGUGUUAUUCUUGAUUCCCCAAAUUGUUAAGAGUGGACUGGGAGAAAGAGUGCUCAACUAUUACGAUCCUUUGGCAGAGGAUGAAAAUAAUCACUUUAUCAAAACAUGCUUAUUCUCCCUUAGGUUACUUUAAUACAUGGACAGAAGAGGUUCCUGAUCUUUCUGAGACGGAUGACGAUAAUACGACAACAGAUGCUGCCACUGAAGAAUCUAGUAACGUUUCUCUUGGAGGAUCAGAAGCUCAUAUCGAAUUCGGGACUAGUACCGGUGGACUGGAUUUCAUGUCUACCAGCGGAUACCAAGUCGAAUUCGGUUAUGAUGAGGCAAGCGACAGUGAUGAUGAGGAUGAGGAUGACGAUGAGGAUGAAGAUGAUGACGAUGACGAUGACGACGAAUAUUCCGUAGAACGCAACGGACAUCCCCGAAACCGGGGACAUGAGCGUGUUGCUCUAGCACAUAGGGGAAGUAGAUCUAGUCCGCGGCCUUCGCGCCCAUUCAAAACAAUCUUAUACAUAUCUAUGGAAUAUUGUGAGAAGCGAACACUUCGCGAUCUUAUUCGACGAGGACUCUAUAAAAACAACGAGGAAAUAUGGCGUCUUUUCCGUCAGAUCCUCGAAGGUCUUGCCCAUAUACAUAGCUUGAACUUUGUUCACCGCGAUCUCAAGCCGGAGAAUAUUUUUAUCGAUGGUGCCUCUAAUGUUAAAAUAGGCGACCUCGGUUUGGCUACAAGGGGCCAAUACUCUGCAAUCGAUAAAUCGUCAGCUUCUGCGAUGCAGAAUAGUGGGGAUUUAACAAGGAGUAUCGGUACUUUCUCCUAUAUUGCACCCGAAAUUCGAUCAGCAGUCUCUGGGGUCCAUACACUGGCAAGGUUGACAUGUACUCUCUUGGUGUGAUAUUCUUCGAGAUGUGCUAUACGCCAUUAGUUGGGAUGGAAAGAGUAAGUAUAUUAUUUAUCUAUCUACUUCGCUAAUGACUCCAUAUCAUGCGUUAUGCGUUUCAUUUCAGAGAUCAAAUAGACACACGCGACUAGCCUCUCAUUGUAUAUUUCAAUUCGAUGCUAACUAUAAGUUUAGGCACAAGUCGUUGAUGGUUUACGGAAGAAGGAGCCGUUGCUUCCAGCGAAUUUUGACAAGGCCGAAAAAGCCGUUCAGGCAGAUAUUGUUUUGUCCCUACUUAACCAUAAUCCAAAGGAGCGGCCGUCAAGUUCUGAACUUCUUCAGAGUAGGAAGUUACCGGUCCAGAUGGAAAGCGAAACGAUCCGCCAAACUUUAGCUGGUUUAUCCGACUCGAAAUCGCCAUAUCAUCAAAAAAUGAUGAGUGCUCUCUUCUCUAGACCAACAAAACGAGCAAAGGACUAUGCGUGGGAUAUGGGAGUUCCGACACCCAGUGGUAAUGACUUGUUACUUCAAGGGCUCGUGAAGCAAAAGUUAAUUUCCAUUUUCCGCAACCAUGGAGCCGUAGAAACACCGCGAAGUAUUUUGUUCCCAUCAUCUGAUCAUUAUGGUAUCAAUGCUGUCCAAUUAUUAGACAAAAGUGGUACUCUUUUACAGCUACCCUAUGAUCUCACUGUCCCAAAUGCUCGUGCUAUUGCGAAACAUCAACCUCCCGUGGAAAGAUCCUUCGCAUUUGGUACUGUUUUUCGAGAUAAGCACGACGGUGCUACCCACAAACUUUAGUGAAGUGGACUUUGAUGUUGUCACUUCAGAUAGCUUAGACCUUGCAUUAAAAGAGGCUGAGGUUAUCAAGGUUCUAGAUGAGAUUGUUGCCAGCUUUCCAUCUCUACCUUCGUCCCAAAUGUGCUUCCAUAUAAAUCAUGCAGAUUUACUUGGUCUAAUCUUCGACUUCUGUCGCAUCGAACCCAGUAUACGACAAGCUGCAGCCGAUACACUUAGUAAAUUAAAUGUACAGCAAUGGACAUGGCAGAAGAUACGAGCAGAACUUCGAUCACCAUUGGUAGGGGUACGUAUUAAUAACAGAAAGUGCAGAUCCGUCACCAAACUAUCCGUCUACUUUCUCCUUACAUUUUCAGACUUUCUGAAUAAUCAUUACUGAGAUUCUCCAUUCAAGUGAAAUUACUUGCUAACCCAAACUUAGGUAUCCGCCACUAGCGUCGAGGAUCUUCAACGAUUUGAUUUCAGAGAUACUCCCAGCAAAGCUUUUCAAAAGCUAAAAGUAAUCUUCGAAGGUACCGAGAUGUUCGAAAAGGCCUCUUCUUCUAUCGCGCAUCUACGUGAUGUGAUCGAGUAUGUGUUCCAAUUUUUCUGGUGUCUUUCAACUAAGCAUCGCUAAUGUGCCAGUACAGAUAUACAAAACGUUUUGAGGUCCAGAGAAAGAUUUAUGUCCAUCCUCUAGGAAGUCUAAAAGAGAAAUUUUACAAGGGUGGCGUACUUUUCUCUUGUUUGUAUGACAGAAAGGUCCGAGAUGUAUUUGCAGCAGGAGGUCGAUAUGAUUCUUUGAUCCGAGAAAACCGUCAUCACAAGAAUAUCAAUGAGGAACGACAUGCUGUGGGUUUCAAUCUAGCAUGGGAAAAGAUGGCUAGGCUUCCAAAGUCGAACUCAAAAGGUUUCUUAAAGAGGCCCGAUGAGGAAGUACAGGGUAUCUGGAGCACAAAAAGAGUCAGUACCACCGCAUUCAUCCUUCUCAGCUGGAUGAGCUUCGCGUAUUUUUUCAGAGAGCCACAGCUAAUUUGCUCAAUAGUGCGAUGUACUCGUUGCAAGUCAUGAUGCAGCGAUACUGAGAUCAACCGGAGUUGAGCUUGUCUCAAACUUAUGGUCGCAUGACAUAAGUGCCGAGCUAGCACGAGACUCACGUUCCCCGGAAGAUCUUCUUUCUAAAUACCGAGAUGAUAGUUAUUCUUGGAUAGUUAUUAUCAAGCAAGAUUCCGUGGUGAGAUGCAAGACUACUGGCAGAAAGGAUAUACCUGAUGCCGAUAUUCCUUCUACGCAAUUAGUUUCAUGGCUUCGUGGUGAAAUGCGUGAGAGGGAUCAGAGGGAAGGAACAUACAAUCGGGCAAAGUAAGUGUGUCUGGAAGUCUCCAAAAUAUGAGGAUAUUAAUGCAUUUAUUAGACUAUCUCGCCAUCAUAGUCAACCCGACACAGGACCGAGUGAGCAUGAGCAGGACGUACGAGUUUUGUUCGCCGGUACGAAGAGCAAGAAGUCAAAUAGAAGAAGUAUUGUAGACCAAGCUCAAGGUAGAGCAGCAACGCGUGAGUUAUAAUUUCUUAAUCCUCAGUGCUCUAGAAGACGCAUAUUAACGUUUCCACCCUAGUCGUUCAAUCUUUCUUAGACGGCCCUAUCGCUGCCAUUGAAACAACAGACCACGUAGGUCACUCUCUCCAUAUGCAUCCCUCAUUAAACACCUCUCCUGUAGCCUUUCGUCUCCUCUCGCUUCAUGGUAUCUCAUCAUUCAUUUUAAUAACACUUUCUCUCCCUAGGUAAUGGAUUUCAUCCGUGAAACCAAACUCUCGGAUCCCGACUCCUGGCGUAAAGUCACCCAUUCAGUCCCCACGACCGAACGUCGCUACAUAGGUGAGAUUCAUGAUUUGAUGAGCACUCUGGCUUUUCAAAAUAAAGACAUCACAAGAAAUGCGUUUGUUUAUAAUUUUAGAACGGGAACGUGUAUUUAUUAUGAUUUGGGCGCUUAAUUUUAGUAGAGAGAAGGAGGGGUCAGUGGAAGAAGGAAGAGGGAGGAAGGGCGUUGUAAUUUGUAUGUAUAUAGAUACCCGGGUAU